AAUGGCGUAUGCCGUCGUGAAACUUCACAGUUUGAACCGUGAGUGAGAAUUCGCGAAAACUAAUGGACACGGAUGUGAACACCGCAUUUUCAAAAUAUUGCACCUGUAAAGCACAACAGAAACUUUUGUACUAGGAGAAUAUACAUUUGUGAAGAGGAAGGUUGCUUGGAAAAGGAAACCACCAUCAUGGCUCUAAGUUCAACAACAACAACUUGAACAAGUAUCUUACUGUCAGCAAUUUUAUGAACUUUAUCAUUAUGUCCCCUAAGUGAGCACUGAUGGGUGAAGUGGUAUAACCCAUAUUUUAUUCUCUGUGGAGAAACAUAUCGCUUCAAGGGCUUCAUUAUGGGUGUUGAUUUGAGAUAUGUUAUUCAAUUCAUGUUACUUAAUCCACAGCUCGGUACUACUUAGUGACAUUGCCAAUGUACUACUGGUAUGUGAUAUUUGGGACGUUGAAAUUAACAGCUCUCUUGACAGAGCAAGCCAAUUUUGUUGGUGUGGUGAACCAGAGAAGAAUUACAGAAACUUUGUCAGUCAGCAGAAGAGGGAAACAGAUAAGGAAACAUGUCGAAAUCAGCUGGCUUUGCAUUUCAGGGUGGCCCUUUUGUAGAGGUCUUCACCCCACAAGGCAAGGACCCCACUGCCAACUGGAAGGUUACUGGCUCAGUGCGAAAGAUUUUUGAGAAGGAAGUAAAAAGUUAUAUAUAUGUUCUGGAAGGUGUUCCAACAACUACAAAAAUACAGCUUCCAAAGGAUUCCAAAAGCACAGUCACGCUUGUGCAGAGGUUUUUAGUCCUUCAGAUCUACUUGGCUAAGGGACAGGACUUCAAUUUUGAAUUAGGUCUCACUGAUUUGGGGAAGAACAAAAGACGAGUGUUAUUCUCUACAUCACAGAGGGACAUUCAGACAACACCUUUACAUGCAAAGAUUCCACUCAGUAUUGUUAAGAGAGGCAUUUGGUUAAACCUGUGCUUUGAUCUCACCUCUGUGGUUUCGGACACGUGGAAAGGCCAGACAUUCCGGUCUGUCGAGAACCUUACGAUUUCUGCAAAUUGCAAACUGAGGAGAGUCUUCACGAUGAAGGUGUCUCCUCAAGAUACCACCGAAGAUGACGUGCCUUAUGAAUCAAACACAUUUGAGGUAGACAUGAUCCCCAGACAGUGUCAGCUGGCCACUGACAUACAGCAGCUCACACAGGUCUUCACUGUGGGAAAAUUGAAAGCUCUUGAACGACAGAAAGCAGGGGGAGAAAGUUCAAGUCGACUUGGAUCUGUACUGGAAUUAGAUUUGAAUGCCAGCGGUAGGCGAUCUGUGUUAACAGAAACAAACUCCUAUAGAAGAGCCUUUGGCUCCAAAGUUCCUGCAUCAAUACAACGAAAAUCUGGAAAGGACAAUCUCUCCAGCAGUCGCAGUUCCAGGUCUAAUACAUCCAGGGUGGAUGAGUCUUUAUCUAUGAAGAACAGUUUUGCUGGCCAUGAGAGUGUUUUUGAUGUGCGUGACAGCACUGCAAGUGAAAGAAUCUCAGCUGUCCCAUUGACUGGUAAAUCAGUCCAGUCUUCAGUGCCUGACCAAUCAAAAUCUGACACAGCUGCCAUGGCUGCCCACCAGGUUCAUUCUGAGCGAAUGAGCUCAUCAAAAUCUGAAAGAGCCAAGAGUGAGCUUCCCUUUUCUCAGCCUCACCCACCGAGAGAGCCAUCAAAGGACAGACAGAGGCGGAGAAUUAGGGUCAAAGGUCAGGGCACAGACAGCCAAGCAAAUGGAAUGAUAAAAGACGGUGGUAAGAGAAGAGAGGCAUCAUCCUCAUCAUCAUCCAUCAGCAGACCUGUAUCAAACACUGUAACAUCAGGAGAAGAGGAAGCAAACAGCAGCAACAACAGCAAGUUUUCUUCAGAUGGCGAUCUCGAUGACACUGUAAGCAGAGAGCCUGCUACAGAGGACAAGGGACUCCAAACCCCUCGCUAUAGAGAGAGACGAUUAAAUGCUGAUACAAGAGACUCAGGUGUAGGUCCUUUCGUCCCAGAAAUCCAGUCCCCAAGGAAAGAUGUCACUGAUACAGAGCCCUUAGACGAUUCAAUGUCAGAUGUCAUUCGUGUUCUGAAACAACAGGUAGAGGCCAUGACCUCAGAUGACAGUGAGACUGAUGACAACAGCGGUGUUGGAGAAUAUGUGGAGAGUGAUGAGGCUGAGGAGAAUGGUGUUUAUAUGUUUGUUUCUCCUCCCAAAUCUGCACCUCGUAGAAACAUCUCUCCAAGCCAAGAGGACAGUUUUAACAGCCAGACCAGAAAAACCUCAACCAAGUCCUCCAGUAUACGAAACUUGAGUAGCAACUUGUCUCUGCGAGGAGCAAGACUUGAAGCGGACUUUAUGGACAGUCAGAGUAGCGAGGAGGAAGAAGAUGGUCAAACGAGGACAAAACCAUCUUCCCGCUCCCAGAGUGGGAAAUCUAGUGCUGGAAGGAACCGGCAGCAUGAGAGUGGUGUCGGGAGCAAACUAGGGGACGGUCCCCACACUCAGGCCAUCACGAUGAGCAGGUCUCCAGGGGCAAUACCCCACCUGGCAUUGCCUGGGGAGUAUAGCCCGGAUAACUACAGAGUCCCUGGAGAAGGAACUGCCACAGGGAGUCCACGCCUCAAUGGCAGUGUAGGGACCAGCAGCAUGUCACGUAUGAGUCGCAAGUCUCUUCGGGAAAUCCCUCGAACUGAUGCUCGGCUUUCACUAGCGAAAACCUCAGAGAGUUCCAAGGCCUAUGAUCACACAAAGUACCAGGUGAUUGAGGAUUUGUCAGAGUCUUACGAGGCAAACAUGCUUGCCAGUCUUAAGCGACAGCAGGACGAGGAGACAGACACGAUGGAUGUGGGCGGGUCAAGACCACUCCUUAACCACAGUCCCCGUGGUAUAAUUCAGGGACUCGGCCAAGUCUCAGUCCAUCACCCAAUGAUGCACAUUGAGGAGUCCCCAACAACAACUAGUGAUGAUGACACCAGCUUAAGUACCUGGAAAGCCCCUGCUCCAGGGCAGCUGGUACACAAUUACCAGGAAGAAAUGAGAUAUCCACAUUCGAGGCUCAGUAGUGACACACUCACCUCUUCAAAUCCCAGGGACUGGAGUGGUGUCUUUAGUCCACCCAUACUUCUGCCAGGGGACCCAGGCACAAUAAAUUCAAGCACAUCAGAUUCAGACCAUCUCAGCAAGACCUCCCCACGGAAACCUGUGAAAGAUGCCUCUCCAAGAGAAAGCCAGAUUGCUGAUGGUUCCAAAACAACACAUUUGGGGAUGUCCGUCAUAAAUAAUGAUGUGGCACAGGCGAGCAUCUCAGUCCAAGAAGAGGAGUUAGAUUUGCUUUAUGAUCCAUGUCUCAAUUGUUACUUUGAUCCUCAUACCUGUAAAUAUUAUGAACUUAUUUAACACUUUGUUAAUAUUUAAGUGCUAUUGGGUUAUAAGAUGAAGAAGUUUAAGAUCUGUUAAAAUGAAUUGGGAGUAUAUGUAUUAUGUGUAUAGAAGUAUUUGGUUGCCAAAUAGCAUUUCAAGCAUUAACUGUUGUUUUAAGAGACUGUGCAAAUAAAGUUAAGAGCUGCAUUGCACAGCAUGCAUAAUUUGUGAAUUGUGUAGAGAUUUAAUAGUUAUAUGUAUACACCUUGUUUAGUGCUUAAUCUGAAAUGGAACAUGUCAUACACUAUCUUUUGCCUUUUAGUAAUGAUUCUUUUAAUUAAGGAUUCACAGUUGUAAUACGAAGGUAUGAAAAUCUCAGACUGUUUUGAACUAGAUCUUUUUUUUUUUUUGGCAUAUAAUUAAAAAGUCAGAAAAGCCAAAGAGUGGAUUAUUUGUGAAUGUUUUGUUCCAUUUUUGUCCUGUGUUGAAGACAUGGAAGUUUCUUUAAAAAAUGGCAUUGUGUGCUUUGGUGCAGAAGCCAGGCAAAUAAGUUCUCUUACAGAUUACAGAUUUGUCCCACCUGUUUCAGAAUGGUCCAAAGCUGUGUACUCAUUUGUUCCUGCCUUUAUUACAUCAUCAUUAUCUGUGUAUGUGUACUCAAAACACCUACAUGGAUGUAGUACACAAGGAUGGCAAUGUCACAAACGAUAUAUUCUCCUGCGACUUUUCAAGGUAUAACAAGAAAGGUUUAAUACCGUAGAUUGUCGGUUCUCAUUGUGUGAUCAAAUUGCUGACAGGUGGAACUGUCUGUUUGCUAAUGAGUGUGAAUUUUCAUUUUUUUUCUAAUUGUUUAUAUAGUAUAUCUGUAAUGGCCAAGAUACAUGUACAUAUUCUAUAAUAUAUUCAUUGUUGACUUGUGUUUGUCAUUUGUACAUAACUACAUUUAUAAAUUAUAAUCUGAAGUUAAAUAAGUAAAUAAGAACCAUUUAAGAGCCUUCCAUAUGUCUAUCCUCUGUUUGAUUGCUGUACAUCAAUAUGUUGUUCUUGAAAAAGUCUGUGCAGUUGAUUGUGCAGACAGUGUUACUGUAUUGUAUGUAUUCAUGAGACAUACAUAUGCUUAGAGAUGUGAUAUACGUCUACCUGAAACAUGAUAUAUACUAUUAAGCACAUGGGUGUAGCGUCCAAAGGCUGUGUUUUCAUACACAUGCAAAACACAAAAUAAAUUAAAUGCUUG